GAUGAUGAUGGUGGCAAGCACCAAGUGAAGCCAGUGACGGAGAUUUUACGAAGAGAUGUAGAUAUCGGCAGGGAUCCUAAUUCUCCAACUGAUGAGAUUGGGCAGUUUGUCAAGACACAAACUUUUGCAACGGUAGAAGAUGUAUGUGAAAAAGGAUGUGAACACUAUGAGAUAGGAGAAGGUAUAGAUAAAGAUUACUGCAUUGAUCAGCUGCCUAAAGAUAAUAUUUUAGAUGACAUGAAUGGAAAAGAAUCAAUACCGUUUGAGCAUGUAUACAGUAUAGAUGCAGUAAAUAAUGACCAGAGACAAGUGCUUGCCAUUGAUUUUGGGAGUGUUGACUCAAGCUUAGAUAAUGUAAAUGUAGAUUCAGGCAUGGAUAAUGUUAUGGUAGAUUUAGGUGAAAGUAAUGUAAUGUUAUAUUCAGGUGUUGAUAAUGUAAAGGUAGAUUCAAGUGUAGAUAUUGUAAAGGUAGACUUGGGUGUAGAUAAUGUACAAGUAGAUUCAAAGGUAGAUAAUGUAAUGACAGAUUUAACCAAAGAUAAUGUAAUGGUAGAUUCCAGUGUAGAUAAUAUAAUAGAUUUAACCAAAAAUGCUGCAAAAGUAGAUUCAAAUGAUAUUGUAAUGGUAGAGUCAAGUGUAGAUAAUGUAAUUGUAGAUUUGGGUGAAGAUAAUUCAAUGAUAGAUUCCAAUGAAGAUAAUGCAAUGAUAGAUUCAGGUGAAGAUAAUGUAAUGGUAGACUCAAAUGAAGAUACUGUAAUGGUAGAUUCCAAAGACGAUAAUAAUGUGAUGGUAGAUUCUACCAUUUCUGUGAAUCGGCAGGAUGUAGAAGAGAGAGAAAGUUCACCAAAUCUGCAAGGUAGUGGAGAAAAUGUCAACAGAGAGGAGAAUGUUACAGAGGUAAUUGACAAGGUAGAUUCACCUUUUAAUAUGCAGGAACC